GGGAGGGCCGGCGCGUGUCAGACGUCCUGGGCAUCGGCGACUUCUCAUGCUGCGGCGCCCGCUGGCCGGGCUGGCGGCGGCCGCCCUGGGCCGGGCCCCCUCGGACGGGAUGUCAGGACCAAGACCUGUUGUGUUGAGCGGCCCAUCAGGGGCUGGGAAAAGCACCCUGCUAAAGAAGCUCCUGCAAGAGUACGGCAGUGUCUUCGGCUUCAGCGUGUCCCAUACCACAAGGGACCCGCGGCCAGGAGAGGAGAACGGCAGAGAUUACCACUUCGUCACCAGGGAGGCCAUGCAGAGAGACAUUGCCGCAGGCGACUUCAUUGAGCAUGCCGAGUUCUCAGGCAACCUGUAUGGGACAAGCAAAGCGGCCGUUCGGGCUGUGCAGGCCAUGAACCGCAUCUGCGUGCUGGACGUGGACCUGCAGGGCGUGCGCAACAUCAAGAAGACGGACCUGCGGCCCCUCUACAUCUGCGUGCAGGCGCCCUCCCUGGAGGUCCUGGAGCAGCGGCUGCGAGCCCGGAACACAGAGACAGAGGAGAGCCUUGCUAAGCGGCUCGCCGCCGCCAAGGCCGACAUGGAGAGCAGCAAGGAGCCGGGCCUGUUUGACCUGGUCAUCGUCAAUGAGAACCUGGACAAGGCUUACUCGACUCUGAAAGAGGCCCUCUUUGAGGAAAUCAAGAAAGCUCAAGGCACCAGCCGCACCUGACGGAUGCCCCAGCCUGCUUUCAUUCCGUGGGAUGCAUUCCAGGCCUUGCCCCCAUUCUGGGGUGCCCCCGCCUGGGUCUGCAGCCCAGCUCCCGGCAGCUCCGGCCAGUCUCGGCCUGGGCACUGCCACGAGUCUCAGGCCCAGACGGCCCGGGAGGCUCCCACACCACCCUCCUGGCCUGGCUCAGAGCCCGCCCGCAGGUGCACGGCACUCCACAGUGACCGCCGGCUGUGACUCUGAUCGGCUGCCCGCUCGGCUCGUCCUGCCCAGUCAGAGCUGGGGCUGACACUGUAAUAAAAU